ACCACCUUCUCACUCUCUUUUAUCCCCUCUGGUAUCGAACGGUUCGAUAAUAAACCGAAAGAAGAGAAGCCCUUGGAAUCCUCCAUUAAUGACGGAUCUCUGCUUUCAGUAAAGUUUUUUCUCUGCUCACAUAGGCUUUUGGGAAAUUCAUACUGAAAAUGGAUGGUUUCCAUAAAGAUGAAGAGCUGGAUGAAAUUAAAACUGCAAUGGAGAAGCUCAAGGAAGACUAUCGGAUCAAGACAGAACUGUAUGAGAGCUUGAGAAAUUCACACAAUGAGCAACUCAUUCAAAUUCAAGAAGCAAAGACUCAGAUUGAGAAGCAAGCCCAAGAACUAAAUGCAAAGGUAGAAGAAAAUUCUCUUCUAUGGCAAAAAUGUGAAGAUCUUAAAUCUACGGUGCAAGAAAAAGAAUCAGUUCUUAGGCAUCUGAGUUCUGCUAAUGAUAAACUCCGAGCUGACUGUGGUGAGAAGUUGCAUAAAUUGGAAGGAGAAAACAGAGAGCUGUUAACUGCUCUAGAUGAGGCUAAUAUGCAAAGCAGAGAUCAAGAAGAGAAGAUUCGCAUAUACAAGGAUGAGAUUGAAGGUUUAAAGGGACUUCUGUCUGUUUCACAGAAGAAGUGCUUUGAUGCACAGCAAAGGGCACAGGCACCUAAAGAAUUGAGGCAAAGAGAUGAUCUGUUAUUGAAACUAGAAGAGGAAAAAAGCAAAGUCGAUGAUCAGCUCAAGUGGAAGAAGGAGCAAUUUAAACAUCUUGAAGAAGCUCACCAGAAGAUUCAAGAUCAAUUCCGAGCAAGUAAGAGGGAGUGGGAGCUGGAGAGAUCCUCAUUAGUCGAUGAAAUCUGCUCACUGCAGACAAGUUUGGAUUCACAAACUAGAAUCUCAGAAGAUCUUCAAUCACGUUUAAAGAUGUGCAACCAAGCCCUAGCUCAUGAAGAAAGUCGCAGAAAAAUUUUGGAACUUCAACUGUUAGAAUCAAAAGCAAGUUAUGAGAAUGUUUUCACAAAGUAUGAAGAAGCAAAAUCAAAGAUUGAAAACCUGACGAUUCAGAGGAAUGAAGAAAUUGCAGCCCUGAGAAACUCAUUGGGUGGAAAAGCAGCAAUGCUCAAAGAAAUGGAAUUCAUAAGGGGGCAACUUGAGCACGAAAAUCAGGACUUGAGGCAAUCUCUCAGAGAACUUCAGGAAGCUAAUAUCAACAAAACAGGAAGUGCUUCUUCACUAGCAAAACUGCGUAACAAGCUUAAAGGUUUGGAGCAAAUUCACAAGGAUUGUUUCAUAAAUCUCAAAGCUAGAGAAGCUGAAUGGAAUUCCCAAAUAGAGAAAUUGGCAGAAGAGCUGAAUGAAUGCAGAUCUGAAUUAGAUUGUAAAGACAAAAAUGUGCAGAAGCUACAGAGGGAGUUGGAAAGUUGCUAUUCUUCAAUAUCUCAGUCAAUGUUGAAGAAUGAAGAACUGUCGGUGAUGCUUACAGUGUUGCACUCAAGUCUUUCAGAGGCUCAUUCAAAGCUCUCAAAUGUGAUGGCUGAAACAGAACUGUCAAACAAAGACACUGAAGAGCAGAUCAAACUUCUCAAAGAGCAGUUGGAAGAAAAGAAAAGUGAUCUGGUAAAAUCUCAUGCUGAGAUCAAACAAGAACGAGAGAAGGCAGAAUCAUUAGCAAUAAGAAUUGAAUCUUUGGAUCUUAUUGAAAAGCAGCAUUUUCUCACACAGCAAGAACUUGAGAGGUUCAAGGCAAUGCUCAAGGAGUCAUCUGAGUUGAACGAACAAUCUUUGAAAAUGCAAAAUGCCCUAAAAGAAGAACUAAGAAAAGUUUCUGAUGCUCUAGACAAAAUAAAUUUUGAAUUGGCAGAGAAAAGCCGUGAAGAGAAAGAGACUGAAUUUGAAUUGGACAGGUGGAAGUCUGUUGCCGAGCGUCUAAAAGUAUGCCUUGAUGAAAAUCAGGAAUUUCGUAAAGAAAUGGAAGCUUCCCUUCUUGCCCAAGCUGAGACUGAGCAAACCCUCAAACAAGAGAGGGAGAAAUUAAUCCGUGCCUUGGAAGACAAAGAAAAAAGAGUUGACCAUCUCCAGCAGAAGAUUGUUUUACUCAAGCAAGAACUGAAAGUAAAAGAAACCUCAACUCUAGCAAAAACAGAGACAGAGAAAGCUUUUGAAGAAGAAAAAGAGAAGCUUCUUCUUCUUGUCACAGAGAAAGACAAGAGCAUAGAUGAAUUCCAACAAGAGGUUUCUUGGCUGGAGCAAGAGUUUGCAAGAAGAGAACUUGAAGGUGCCAUUCUAGCUCGAACAGAAGCAGAGAAAGACUUUGAGAAAGAGAAAGAGAGGCUUAUCCUGAUUGCAGAAGAGAAAGAUCAAAGCAUAGAAUGUCUCCAGCAACUGGUUACAUCAUUAAAACAAGAUUUCACAAAGUCAGUUAAGGUUGCAGUUCUCUCAGAACUUGAAGAGAAACAGUCUGAGAUUAGUAUGCUUCACAAAGCGUGGGAGAAGAUCAUCAGAGCCAUGCUUCUGGCUGAGGUAGAGAUUCAAGAGAAAAACUUGGUGAUUGGUGAACUUGAAGAUGAAAUCAACAAUUUUCAUAAAAAAUUAGAAUUGCAGGAUAACUCUUUGUCCCAUUCAACAGUACGCAUAAAACAGCUUGAAGCUGUACUGGAAGGAAAACAGUUGGAAAUAGAGAAGAUAAUGGAUAGUCUUGGAAGCGAGCUUAGAAUCUCAAAAGGCUUAGUAGAAGAGAUUGAGUCUGAGAAAAUACUUCUGUUAAGAGAUAUUAAAAAACUGUCAUCAGAGAGGGAAACCUUGCUGGCUCACAUUGAGUUCCUCUAUGAUCAGAUCAAUGAGUUUUCCAAUGAAGAGGCAGAACUUAUGGGAAGCUUGGGCAGGAUAGUGCAGAAAUUUGACCCGGAGGAUGGACAACAGGAGAUGGAUUUGAAAGGGAAGGAUGAGCUCUAUGAUUCCAACAGAGAGAAUGUAAAUAAACCUCUUUCUACCAUGAUGACAAAAGUUGAAGCAAGUCAUGAUGUAAGAUCACCAUUCAGAGAGGUCAACAACUAGCUGCUGGAACUGGAGAAAAUUCUUCUCUUAUGCAGCAAGUAUAACAAGGUAUUUUAUUGUGAACAUAUUAAUGGCCAAUGGUCAUUGCCAUGUGAGAAAAAUGCAUGAUGUAAUGAGUUUUUUGUUUUUCCUAUGAUAGAUCUAUGCAUGCAUGAUGCCCCAAGAUUAUAUUAAUGUUGAACCCAGUCUAGCUCUUUUUGGAUACA